AUGUUGAGGUUUAAAGGUUCGGAGAUGAGAAGCUUGCUUAGUUUCUUGCUUUUCGGGUCAUCAACUUUUGAGUGUAUAUUUUCAAACAUGGUUCAUGAGCUGUUCUUCGAAAUCGUCCGAGAAAAGCAGCAUGUGUUCUGCGAUGCUAAAGACACAGCUCCAGUCUUGGAACUUAAGAGAAUUGUAGAGGGUGUGCUAAAAAUUCCCGUCACCGAUCAAGUGCUUGUACGCCUUCUGGACGACAGCAACACCAAUUUUCUUCCCCUAGAUGACAAGAAAACGCUGGCAGAAAGUGGUUUCACAGUCAACAAUGCAAAGGCACAAACUCCCGCCAUGGUGGCGUUGAUGUUUCGAGGCGAAUCCGCCCCCGUCAUUGAUGAGUUGUCUACGCCACCGCCAGUCCCCGAUGCUAUGCGAAACGAGGCACAUUCUCAGGAUAUGAAAGCAAAGAAGCGGAAGCUAGACUCAUCUGGUCCUUCCGAUGAACCUGAAACGCUUAUAAAAACGUCUUUGAAAGCUGAUCCUGAAGCUCACAGUGUUUUUACAAAACGUUUCGAAUUCACGUUGGACAGUGAUCAGUGUGACAAGCUCAAAGCCCCAAAAUCAAAACGAGCUCAAAGACAGUUUGAUUUACCUUCUCUUGGCCCCGCAGUGGAAUACAUUGGAGUUAUGGAUGAGGCAUCCAUAGACAAACAACCCAUAUUGCCAUCGGAGACGGGGUGGAGCGAAAGUCUGAUACGUAACUUUGAGAGUGAGGAAGCUGAUAAGCAUCGGGCGGACUUUCUCAACAUAGUUACGCGCUAUAUAGACUUGUAUGCUCAACCCACACCAGGAUGUCACUCGUACAGGACCGUUUAUCUGGCUCAUGCUUUGAAUCAUGUCAUACGAACGCGAAAUUCCGUUAUAGCCAAUAACAGAAAGUUGGAAGCGGCAGGCGCUAAGGGCCUUGUUCCGGAUGAAUUGGUGGAGUCCUGUCGAGAUCAAGGCUUUGUGAGACCUACUGUGCUUAUUCUGUGUCCCUUCAAAAAAGAUGCUUUUGAUAUUGUACAGCGACUGGAGCGGUUGAUAUUCGGUAGAGAUAGUAAAGGUUCGAUUUGGAGUCGGGAACGAUUUAACGAAGAGUUCAAAAGUGAGGCACCACCGGAAUUCAAAACAAGAGUGCCCGAUGAGUUUAGGGAGCUCAUGACUGGCAAUAAUGAUGACUGUUUUCGUGUUGGUAUCGCUCUUUCCAAGAAAGUUUUGAAAUUAUACGAGGGUUUCGACAAGUCUGACUUCAUACUUUGUUCCCCUCUUGGUCUUCGUAUGAUUUUGGAUGGCGAAGCGGGAAAGGAAAGCCAUUUGAUCUCUAACAUUCAGAUAGCUGUUAUUGAUAAGGCUGACAUUAUGCUGCAACAGAAUUGGGAACACCUGUCGAUCAUCUUUUCUCACAUUCACACACAGCCGUCAAGAAUUGACACGGACAUCUCAAGAGUGCGGCAGUGUUAUAUAGAUGGUCAGGCGAAGUUUUUUUGCCAGUUGCUGCUGUUUUCUCGCUAUAGACAUGAGCUUUUCUCAGCUUUAAUGUCUGAACAUUCAUUGAACUUUAGAGGACUGAUUAUGCAAAAUAAUCCAUGUGAAGGAACCCUAGAUAAGAUUGAGAUCCCUCUAUGUCAAGAAUUUCGCCGUUUUGAUGUAGAGAAUCCCUCCGAACAAGCAGUGGCGAGGUUCAACUGCUUCAAAGAUUAUUGCAAUGCCAGCCUUUUACCUGGAACAUGUGUGGUUAUACCAUCGUAUUUUGACUUUGUGCGAGUUCGGAACCAUUUUAAGAGGACCGAGGAAAGCUUUGUGGCAUGUCACGAAUAUGCUCCGAAGACAAAGAUCACAAGAGCGCGCGAUCUGUUCUACCAUAAAAUCAAGAAGAUUUUGGUGGUAACAGAACGCUACUACUUUUUCAAUAGAAGAACGUUGAGGGGUAUGGAAAGAAUCGUCUUCUAUCAGUUACCGAAUCACCCCGAUCUCUAUUGCGAACUCAUCAAUAUGGCUAGCUGCGAAAGCGAAACCAGAAUACAUUUGGCACUGAUAUGGCUAAUUCUAUCCUAG